AUACAACGGAGGUGUCAACUGGAAAGACUCCAGAAAUUACUACACCAGCAACUACACCGGAAAUGCUUCCAGAAAAUAUCACAACAACAACAACACGGAUUACUUCGACGAGUCAAAUUGCAGCGGAAACUGAAAAAUCUUCUUCUCAAAUUCCUCAAACAACGCAGACUAGCACAUCUACUGUUGAAAGCACAACACAAUUCACAGAUAUUCUAACAACAGAGACUACACCACCUCUCACCUCAACUACAGAACAACCAACUCAGUCUACUCGAGCCACAGAUGUACCAACAUCUCUGCCAACCACAUUUCUUACUAGCACAGUGCACACAUUACCUGAACCGACAAUCGUAUCAUCCUCUAUAAUACACUCUACUACCACUGCAAUACCACAUACUGAUCAAACUAGCACUGAAUAUACAACUAAGGCUUCAACAGAAAAGACUCUGGAAAUUACUACACCAGCAACUGCAAUAGAAUUGUUUACAACACCUCUCACAGACACAACAACACAGAUUACUUCAACAAGUCAAAUUCACACAGAAACAGAGAAAUCUUCUUCCCAACUUUCUCAAACAAAACAGAUUCACACAUCUACUGUUCAAAGCACAACACAACCCACUACAACUACAGAACAAUCAACUCUCUUUACUCAAGCCAAAGAUGGAGACAAAUCUAUUCCACUUACACCUGCUUCUAGUAAAUUUCAAACACUACCUCAAAUGACAAUUCUUUCGUCACCAAUAGUACACACUACUACCACUGAAAAACCACACACUUAUCAAACUAGCACUCAAUAUACAUCUGAGGCGUCAACUGAAAGGAUUCUUGAAAUUUCUACACAAGCCAGCACACCAGAAUUGCUUACAGAAUCUAUCACAGACACAACAAUACAGAUUACUUCAAAGAGUCAAAUUCCAACAGAAACUGAUAAAUCUACUUCUCAACUUCCCCAAACAACACACAUUGAUACAUCCACUGCAGAAACCACAACUUUAUAUAGUGAUAUCAUUACUCAGCGAGGAGUUACACCCAAAAUAAGAACUUCUGCAUCAAGAAGUGCAUCUAGUGUACCUGAACACAUUUUCACUUUGAACACAACACACCUUUCAUCAACUACAAAUUUAGCAUCAUUAUUGCAUUCAACGCUUAGUCCAAGUAUUCCUAUUUUUAAUGGCAGUAGCUUUGUGCAUCCAACUUUCUUAUCUACAAAGACAAAAUUUCCUGAUACAGUGUCUACUACAACCUCUUCUCCAUUUGUCUCUUCUUUACAGACGUCUUCUAUUUCUACACUGAGAUCAUUGAUUUCUAAAUUUCAUAAUUUCUCUACUCUGUCUCCUCCUAAUGCAACCAAUAUGUCAGAAUCUUCAACUUCAUCUCUCUUUUCUACUUCACAUUUCGUUACAAAUAAUGAAACAUAUAUUUCUGAAGAAACCAAUUCAACUUUUCCAACUCACUCUAAAUCAAUUGCCCAAAAUUUUUCAUAUUCACCAACCUCUCAUGAAAGAACAAAACCAACAAUAUUAACUGUCAUAACUACGAAACGACCAGAUUUUUCUCUGAAGUCAACUACAAAUGCCUCCAAUCAAAGUUCAACACUGACUGUCCUGAAAACAUUUCAUCCUUCAACUUCUAUGAAAAUUACCAAUGAAUCUGAACUUUAUAUUACUAAACAGCCUACUCAUGGUAUUCUUUUAACUAAUGCAACAGAAACAAAAGAUAAGUCUUACACGAUGAUAACAGCUCGCACCAGUGCAAAAGCCAUCAAACGAUUACCUGUCACAAAGAUACUCAAUGCAACAGACUUUGAUGAGAAAAUAUAUAGCACUCCUAGUAGCCUUCUCCAAACAAAACCAAAUGCAAGUAGUACAAUGCUGGUGAUUUCAAGAAGUAUCAAGCAACAUCUGUCAACACCAAUAAAAACUCAUUCAACUGGAAAGACUGUUUUGCCUUCUCCAAGCAGUUCAUCAAGUACAAAUAUUUCUAUGAUAAUAAUAUCCCGGAGAACUAAACCAAUUACUUCAAUAAUUCCUCCAACAAUAACAUCAACUAUUACAUCACCAAUGAAAGGUUCAAUAAUUUUUGGAUUUGACCUACUAUCACUGGGCACACGCCGAGCCUCAUUUAUUCACAAAUUCAUCAAUGCCUUCAUGCCAUAUUCUGGUUACAGUCAUUAUAGUAUUAUUUCAUGGAGUAAAAGGCCCUUGCACGUAAAUUUCCCACUAUCCAAACAUGAUUCUGACCGGAGAAAGCCACACAUACCAGACUUGGCAGAUAUAGUGGAAAAAAUCAGGAACGACCUAUCUUCUACUACUGCAAAAGAAGAACAUAACUUGGAUAAUAUACCACCAGUCGUUGUACUGUUUGUUGACCCUAUUGAGACAAAACUUACAAUACCUUUAAUCAAUGCAGUUGAGCAAUUGAAACAAUCUGGUGCAAGAGUAUUUUUAUUAAAUAUUGGAAUCAACAAAUGGCCAAAACAAGGAACUCUAGAAUUGCUUAGUAGCAAACCAAGUCAUUUGCAUAUUGUCCAUGCUCCAUCCUAUCGGCAACUACUAAACAGGGCUUUGAACACUCCCUACCAGUUCCGAUUGCUGUCAAAUCAAUAUAAACCCAUUAAAUUCAAAAAGACUAAUGCUCCUACAUCUUAAAAAAAUUUCUAAAAAACCAACCUAGACUCAAACAUUUGGCUAAUUGUCAGAUUUGAAAUUUCAAAAUAGCAUUGGUAAUUCAAUGUUUUGGUCUUAUAAUAAAAAAUAACCUUUAAGUUGAGGAAAUAUCUAGCAAUAUUUAUGUUAAUGGAAUAUCUAUGUGUUUCAGCUAAAUAAGUUAACAGUUUCUUUUGGGCUUUUCUUUCUUUUCUUUUCUUUCUUUUUUUUUUUUUUUUGAGUGGGUGGGCUCAUUUGUGGAUGAAAAACAAACAGGAAAAGCAGUUAAUAGUUUUUUUUGUUUUUUUUUUUUUUUUGGGGGGGGGGGUUGUGCGACUAUAAUUCAUAAGUAUGUGUUUCACAAAAUAAAAGAUCUGAUUAAUUUCUGUUACUGAAACGUAAGUACAAAAUAUCUUCUAUUCUUAACCUACUUGAUAUAUCAUGCUGCUAUAUUGUUUAUUUAAGCUUCUUUUAUGAUGAGUUGGUUUGAUUGUUUGUUUUUGAGGGGUGGUAAUGUUCUAAAUGCAAGAUAUAUUCCUUUUUUUAAUAUUUUGUUUAAAAAAUAUUAAAAUACCAACUACAAAAUGAUUGCAAAUGCAAAUAAAAGAUGUGAAUUUCAUUUUAAAUGUUGUGGUUUUAAGGAUUAAUCUCUUUUCUACAUAUAUUUAAAAUUUUACAAAAUGACAAAAACUAUUAAGAAUAUUUAAUCUAUUACUGAAAGCAAAACAAUUGUUACAGAAUACUCAAAUUAAAAUAAGCAUAAAAAAGACACAAUAUAUAUAUGUGUAUAUGUGUAUAUGUGUGUGUGUGUGUGUGUGUGUGUGUGUAUAUAUAUAUAUAUAUAUAUAUAUAUAUUCAAAUAUCAAAAAUAACUUUUGUAUUAAAUAAUUUGACUGAGAAUACAUUUUUAAAGAUUGUAUCCACACACACAAAAAAUAUACAACACACACAAAAAUAUUUACUUUUGAUGCCUGAAGUUAUUCAGCUGAAUACUAUAAAGUCUAAGGCAAUUAGAAAAAUAAUCAGUUGCCAUAGUUCUAAUCACAAAGGAAACAUACUUUAAAUGAUUCUAAAUACAUUUGAAUUUCUCUAUUAACAUAAUUACUCAAAUUGUUAUUUUAUAGAUUACUGAUUUAGGGAUCAUAUAAACUCACAAAAUCUAUGUAUAUUGGUGAAGUACAUUUUCCUGAGUACACAUUUAUGCAUACAUGCAAACACACACACACACACACACAUACAACACAUACUAUAAACAUCAACACUCUACACAAGUUUUAUAAAUUAAACUUCUUAAUAACAAAAUUAUAAACCUUUAAAAAAUUAAAUGUUAUUUUUUUUAUUUCAUAUUAUUAUUAUUAUUAUUAUUAUUAUUAUUAUUAUUAUUAUUAUUAUUAUUACUAUUAUUAUUAUUAUUGUUAUUGUUAUUUUUAUUAUUAUAGCCUAAUCGUUCCACUGUGAAAGUUUACUGAAAGAUUUUAGUUACUUGUUUUUCUUUGUCUUAAAAAAUUUUCUGUUCAUAUCUAAUUUAUUUUUACCCCAAUUAAAUAUUUUAAAAUUUAUUAGAUAUUAUUGUUUUUCUAUUUAAUAACCUUCACAUUCAACUUUCAUAAGUAUUUCUGAUCAAGUUAAAUGACUGUUGAUCAGAAUUCUGAGGGGGGGGGGGUUAACUCUACUUGCUGAGUAUAUUAUUAUAUUACAAUAUUGUUAUUAUCUUCAAAUAGAAUAAUUUUAUGAUCUUUUAGUCAUUUCGAAAGACUAUUGUAUCAGAUGAUAGCAAUAUUGUACUACAUUAAUAGUGACUGGCAAUGCAGCUUGCUUAAUUGCAAAUUAAUAAAGAUUUUGCCAUAAUUUCCAAGACAUAUCUCACUUUGUAUUCUAAAAAUGUUCAUCUGUCAUUUUUUUUAGUAAAUAAUACAAAAAAAUCAGUAAUUUAAAAUGAUUACUAUUAAAAAAUUAUUUAUAUUUUACUAAUUUAAUUCAAAUUAAUCUAAGCUGCCAAUUUGCCAAUUUGGCAUUUUGUUGAAUUAAUGAUAAAUCAGUUUGGAGUUGGGGGGGGGGUUGUUUCUUUUUUUUUUCUUUUUAGAUUCUAAUCAUGAAAACUUAAUUAUUUUUGUUCCUUAUCUUUUUAGUUUUUAUUCGGAUAGGAGUUGUUGUUUUCUAUUUUGGCUUUGUUUUUCUUUUACUGCUUGCUUUCUUGAAUCUUUGUAAUUUUCAAAUAUACAAUCAUCAACAGACCAAUGUUUAUAGCUAAUAUAAGAGAAAUUCCUAUAGUUUUUCUAAUGUUCAUUUAAAACCUUGAGUGCAUCGCACACAUACGCAUGCACACGCACACAUGUGCACACACACAUACACACACAAACACACACAAAGUGAAAUCUCUGUUUACUAAAAGGAUUGAAAGUUUGUUGUUGCCAGUUUGAAGGAGUUAAACCACAGAACUAAAAAGAAAAUAUUGCUCUACCACAAACUUUUCUAUGCUUCUAUUUUACCAAAUAGAACACAAAUAUAUUCAUUAAUAAAAGAUGACCUAAACUUUAUGAAAAGUGAUUGAAGGUACAGUUAUCUUAUAAAAACUGACAUUUGAUCAGAAGACAUCAAAUAUGUGAAGUCAAUUAUCGUGAAAUUCGUACCAUUAAAAACUGAACAUUUUCACUCUCCUAAGGAUUUAUAUUUCCAAAAUCAUAAAAUAAAAGUCUACCAUAAUAGAACAAACAGUUAAGAAAUGAUCCAAGACACAGCAAGCCAUAAAAAAUACAAGAAUUUGAUGGUUAUGAAAAACCAUAUGGACAUAUUUAAUGAUGGAUAACCAAAUAAUGAGCAGCAAAGAAUUUGUAAUAUUUGAUACUGUAACAAAUUUGAGGAGAUUUGGUACAUAGACAGAAGCUUCAAUGUUCUUAACAAAGGUAAAUUUGUGUCCAGCUUCAUGGUAUCCAAGAUCCACUUUGUUACCAGAAGAUCAGUAAAGUACAGAGUUACAUACAGUAUUGACAAGUCCAUGGCCUUAAGAUAUUACAUUCAAAUCUCUAUUGAACACCAAGCGAAACCUUCCUAGAAUCUUCACAGGACAAAAAGACAAAAAGAAAAAGACAAUAUUGUCACAACACCAGCAUUCUAAUAUGUUUCUUGUUACUAUCAUUAUCUUUACCAUAAAAAGAUUUGUACAUGCGCAAAACACUUUAUUAAAAUUUUUAACAAAUCAAUGACUUCCUUGAAUAAUACCAAUGCAACAUCAACACAAAGACAUUUUAGCUAUUAGAACAAGAUACAAUUUAUAACAGGCUUGUUAAUGCAAAUCAUGCAUUUUCUCAUUAUUCUAUUUUAAUAUUAAAAGGCAUCGGUCUUAGUUUUAUAUACCACUAAAAUAUCAUUAGUUUCCAGUCAAUUCAAUGUGAUCUGCCAUCAAGUCAUUUUCUUUCUGUUCUUAUCUGCUUUGCUACCAAAUUAAACUAGAACAUAAAAUAGUAACACUGAUAAAGUACUGUGUUACUUAAAUUGAAUUUAACUGAUGGUACAAUUGUUUAUUGUACACAAGCAACUAUUAUUCAAAAGGUACAAUAAUUAAUAACACAAAGGCCACAAUAAGGUAAUGAACAAAAAUAUCUCAACAAAGUUCAGACAAAAAAAAAAAAAAAAAAAGAAAA